AGGGGCGGCGGGGGUUGCGGCAGACGGGCGCGGGAGCCAGCGCGGCGUCAAGUGCAGCUCGGACGUCAGGGAGCGGGCCCAUUUACAUUGCACCCUUUCUUCCAUCUGCACUCAGUUUUCGUCAGCAUGGGGGAGCAGAAUCACUCUCCUGGGAAGGAGCUUCAGCACAGGACACGGGCAGAUGUUCCAGGAAAGAAAAGCUGGCACUCCCAGGCUUACGCCCUCGGGGCCAUUUCCAACUUUAUGUCAACUUUUCUGACCUUUCCUAUCUAUAAAGUUGUGUUCCGGCAACAGAUCCAUGCCAUGGCGGUGUCAGAGGCUGUGAGACAGCUUUGGCAUGAAGGUCCUCAAUACUUCUACCGAGGAAUCUACCCCCCUCUUCUCUCCAAGACGUUGCAGGGGACUCUGCUGUUUGGGACUUACGAUAGCCUGCUGUACUCUCUCUCACCUGUUGGGCCACACUCCCUGGGACACCGCUGGGCUGCAGGGCUCAUGUCAGGUGUCGUGGAGGCUGUGGCACUCAGCCCCUUUGAAAGGGUGCAGAAUGUGCUCCAGGAUGGUCGCAAGCAAGCUCGUUUCCCCAGCACCUUCAGCAUUCUCAAGGAAUUCAACUCUUAUGGGCUUUGGGGGCGGCUGUCCCUGGGCUACUAUCGUGGUUUCUGGCCCGUCCUCGUCAGGAACAGCCUGGGAAGUGCUCUAUAUUUCUCUUUCAAGGAUCCUAUCCAGGAUGGCUUGGCACAGCAAGGCUUGCCCCAUUGGGUUCCUGCCUUGGUGUCCGGUAGUGUCAAUGGAACAAUCACCUGUCUAGUGCUCUAUCCUCUGAUUGUGCUGGUGGCCAACAUGCAGUCUCAUAUUGGCUGGCAGAGCAUGCCAAGCCUGUGGGCCUCUGCCCAGGACAUGUGGUACACUCGGGGCCGAAAGGUGCUCUUGAUCUACCGUGGAGGCUCACUGGUCAUCCUAAGGUCCAGUGUGACGUGGGGCCUCACUACAGCUAUCCAUGACUUCCUGCAGAGGAAGUCUCAUUCCGGAAAAGAGCCAAAAGACUGACUAGCUGCAGGAAGGGUGGCCAUGGCAUCUUUGUCAUUCUAAACUUUCCUUUAUUGGUUCUAUAUAGCUUAGUCUUUGGCUUGGUUACUUAAUACAGUCAUUCUUUAGCAUCUUAAAACUGUCAUUGCAUGGGAGAAAUUCCCAAUUACCAGCCUGUUGGGUACAGGCAAAGCCCAACAGGAUUCCUUGUCAGAGAGAAAGUCAUCCCCUUCUGUCUACAGCUUCAGUAGCCUCAGAGCAAGGAGGGCUUUAAAUAAUUGUAACCCAGUUUAAAUGUCAUUCCUUUAAGGAAUUCCUUGGCAAUAUGAGGAAACUUAAAAAGAUUACCUCAUUCUGGCACUGUGAGUUCUGGGGGUCCUCCAGGCCAAAUUGAGUGGAAUUCCAAUUUCCAAGAACUAUGCUUGACUCUUAGGAUAGGGGUUCCAAAAAUCUUCUCAGAUGGUUACAUUUUCAUGAUGUUGUUCACUGCCUCUACAACCAUCACUCUCACUUCUCAAGGCUGUGGGUCCUAGUUUCAGGGUAGCAGCUGUUUCUUGAAGUCCUUAAUUAAGCUUGUCUCAUAUCAGGUGCCACAAGAAUUGUGGGAUGGAGUUGGAAAUGAGAAGAGGUGUGAUCACUGCAUGGAAAGAAUAAGGACUUUGAGGGAAAACAUAAUUAUAUGCAAAAUAGAACAUUUUACUGUAAGUUGCUUGGUGUCAUCUGCGUGGACAUUUUUAAUAACUAGGUGAUAAGUUUGCCUAGAAACCACUUGAAUAUCCCUAAGAAAUCUAGAAGUGAAUGGAAUGUAUCACCUCACAAAUAAUUGCAUAGUUUGUUGUUGUGAAUAAAUGCAGUGAUUGUGACAUGAAGAUCAGAAAUCUUAGCUUGAUAUCCAGAACCAUUCAUAAUAUGGUCCCCAUAGAACUUUCAACAUAUUAUCACAUCACUCCCACUUAUACAGACCCAUGCACCACCAACAGGAACCAUUUUUCUCUCCUUGGCCAUGCCAUGAACUUUCCCGUUGCCAUGCUUUGGCCCACACUAUUCUCCCCACCUGCGGUGCCCCUCCUUCACGUGCCAACCUGCAAAAAUCCUUUCAAUUUCUCAAACCACAGCUAAGAUGCCACCUUUUCUAUAGAGCCUCUUCUAAUUCCCCCCAAUGAAUGUGGCAUUAGUCUCAUGCGAUGCCCCUUUCAGUGGUACUCAGACACAGCCCUAAUUCCAUGACAUCACUGAUCUCAUAUGGCCUGUGUUCCUAAUGUUCUUCAAUACCUCCUACUGGACUGUAAAAUUUCUUGAAAGCAGGGAUUCUUACACACAUUUUUAAAUCCUCCAUUGUGCCUAGGUGCUCGAAUAAUGUUGGCUAAAUUACUGAAUUGAUUAUCAAGCUGUGAUAUGGUCUGUAUCCUCAGGGUGCUGUCCCUUGUACGUGAAGAUAAUGUUAUUGACCCACUGUUGGCAAGACACAUGCCUUUGGGGUGUGUGUGUGUGUUUUUUUAAAUAGUGGAUUUCAUUUCAUGCUAAUGUUAAUGA